AAAUAAAUCGAAACUGUCGAUAAUAUUCAUUAUCAAAGAAAGAUUCGGCAGAUUGUCAAUAACGUUAUCAAAACUUGUUUGGGAAAAGAAAUAAAUUUACAAAUUAAUAUUGUCCUAAUUUAACAAUAGUAAAUCAACUUUAUUUUAUAAAGAAAGAUUGGCGUUAAAUCGAUAAAAUGGAAAACUACUUUUAUCCCAACGAAUGUAUCGUUUGCAAAAAGAGAACAACACUAAAGAGAUGCAGUCGUUGUCGAAUGAUAUCGUAUUGCGGCGAAGUACAUCAAAAAAAUCACUGGCAGGUACACAGGGAAAUUUGUAAAGUAAUUUCCAAUUUAACAAGAGAAAAGAAACUCUCCCAUCUCUAUGAGGAUUUACGAGAUUGCACCCUAUCGACAUGGAUAGAUUCAAGAAAAGCAAUGAUGCAAAAAAUAUUUAACCUACUGGGUCGUCAGCCGAAAAAUUGUGAACUAGAAAUGUUACAAUAUCCUCGAUCCUGUUUCGUAUGCUAUGACACUAAACAGGAGAAUUUAACAAAUUGCGCAAACUGUCCCCUGGUGUCUUUUUGCCAAAAGCAUUUAGAUACAACCCUUCAUGACAAAACAUGCGCAGACAUAAUGACAUGCCAAACUUUAGAGUUUGGAAAAUCUCAACUUGAAGAUGCGGUGAAAAUUAUGUACAUUUCUAUAUUCGCUUCAUUGGCAUCGUUGCCGAAUUUUAAAAAAUUACCGACUUCAACAGAGGAAUAUUUGGAUGCGGUCCUGAAAGCUGAUGUCAAAUUGGAUUAUAAAUUAAAACUCUACGCCUCGUUGAUCGUUGUCUAUCCGUUGACAAUUUUUGGUGUUCUUCAAAAAUUAAACAAAACUUUUUUAUCAAAACUGACGAUUUACAUUCACGUGUAUGAGGGUUUUGACUCAAUGCGUCAAUUCAUCGAGAAUUUGUUCCACUUACUGCCGAAUUUAGAAGAACUGAAGAUAGUGACUAACAGUAUUAAUGAAGUAAUUGUCCCUGGAAAGUUGUAUCUCUGCUCGAGGUGUACAUUAACGAAACGAAAAUUAACAUUUCAGUAUUAUGACGAAAGAGUUUUUAAUGAAUCAUUCGAUCUUAUUUUUAUUUCGAAUUUAAGUCCACCGGAUAAUUCAGGAUGGCAGUACAAAAUGUUUGGGGACAUUCGUCAUUUUUGUAGUAAAUUUACAUGUCCCGUGGUUUUAACGUCAAGUACAGAAUUAGAAAUUCAACGAGUAAAGAAUUAUGUCCAAUCAGUUUGUCACAAUCACACGAUUUUUUACGACGGUCCAAAUAAUUUCUCAUCAAUGUUCGUCACUAGAAAUUGGGAAGAUUGGAAAGUGAAUAAAUCAUCACAAUUUAUGAUAAUCGCGAAAUCGACAAAAACUUCGAAUUCUGUGGAGGAUGUUAUAAGUUUACCGGAAUCGGUGACGGGAAUUUUUGUGCCAAGCGCCGUGAAGAGUUUGGAAUCAUUUUAUCCGGGAAUUUGUCAAGUUUGUAAAAUUCCAGGAGAGGAAACGUGUAAACGGUGUAAGAUGAUUUUUUACUGUGGUCAGAGUCACUUGAAGCAGAAUCAAUCGGAGCACAAGGAUAUUUGUAAAGUAAUAUUGGGACUUUUGAAGGAAAAAGGAACUCCUCAUCUUUUCGACAAGGCGGAUAUUAUCAAUGGGAAAUCCUGGUUGGAGGCGAAGUUGAAUUUUUUGAAAAUUGCGAGAUCGAAAUUAAAUCGUGAUUUACUGACAUUCGAGAAGGAAAUAUUUCUUUUUCCAAAGACUUGCUUCGUUUGUCACGAAAGCGAUUUGAGUGUUCUCAAAACUUGCAAAUGCAGUGUGAGCCUGUGCAAAAUUCAUAGAGAUGACACCGAGCAUAAAAAUCUCUGCGAAUAUUUCCAGUUUAAUCUAAAGUGGGGACAAUGCAAAGAGAAAUAUCACGAGCGUUUGGCAGUAUCGCUAUUUCCGAAUAAACGGGACCAAAAAUUACAACCCACAAUGGAUCAGUAUGUAGACAGAUACUUCUGUUUUAAUAAUUAUCGUUCGAUGUCAACUAUUCAGAAUCCACAGAAGGUUAUCAUUUCGGAUUAUUUAACAAGACCCCUAACAUUUAUAUUCGCUGUUGAAAAAUUACGGUUCACUAUUCCAAGUACACUCUACAUUCACAUUGUCGGCGCGUUAGACGAGGAAUUCGAGCACAUUUGUUACUGGCACACUGUUUUAAAUUGGUUCAAUAGUUUGAGAAAUUUACAUAUGGAUUUUCUCGGUACUGAGGUCACUGCAAGAAUGGAAUUAGCACCAAAGAGUACAUUCCAUUUUUUGGAAGAGUCAUCAAUUGAUAAGCUCUUCAAUUUUAGCUUCUUCAAUUGGCGUUAUGAUGAGUUCUUUAAGAGUGUAGAAUUCAGAAAACCGGAUAUAAUUAUUGGUUAUAAUUUGAAUCUGCAUGAGAGUAAUUUAGGAUUGUCCGAGUGCACAUGGAAGGAGACAGUUUCAAUUAUCAGUAAAAUGAAUGUACCAUUUAUAAUGACCUCAAAAUCGGAGGAUCGAGCCAGGAAAGAUCAUGAAAUGAUCUGUUCACUAUUGGAUCAGAAAAUUAAUUACGACUUCUUUGGAAAGAAUCCCUACGCUAGUUUCAUGCCCGAAAGAGAUUACGAGACAGAAAGAUUGUGUUACUCGAAUAAUUAUGUAAUUGCCUACAAUCAACUUUGUAAACCCUCAAGGAAAGUAGAGUCGAAAAAUCAUCAUACUGUCGAGAAUGAAAAUUGUGUCGAAACGAUAAAAAUUAAAACCGAAGAAGGCAAAAAAAUUUCUGAUGCAGUUGCAAAAAGUAAUGUGGAAAAAGUUGAAAAUGCGGAAGUUAAAAAAUUAUCGACUAUCAGGACUUCUGAUGACGCUGUUGCAAAAAAUAAUGGGGAAAAAGUUGAAAAUAAUAGGGAAAUAGAAAAAUUAACAACUGUCAAGGUGUCUGAUGCUGUUUUUAAAGAAAAUGUCGAGAAAAUAAAAAAUGCAGAAGAUAAAAAAUUAUCAACUGUUAAUUCUGAUGCCGAGGAUGUGUGUAAAUUGAAAAUAUUAGCUGAAGAAGAAUUCUCGAAGGUGAAGGUUAAUAAUGUUUUAAAGGAAGAGAAGAUGGGGGGAAAAGAAGAAAAAGCUGAAAAUUCUAAUCCCAUUGCGGAAGAUAAUAACGACAAUAAAAAACUAUUAAACGAAAUUAUGCAACUAAAAGAGGAAAAUAGAAUACUGAAAGAGAAUCUGCGACUUAGGGAGGAGAACGAACGAUUGAAGAAUAAGAUUUCCGAAUUAAGUUUAAAAUAGAAAUAAAUAAUUCCUUUUUUGAUAAUAAUAAAAAAAAAUAUUUUUUAA